CCGACUUCCAGCACGGCCAUCACCAUCAGCAAGACUUAGCAUGCAGUUCUCCACGUGUAAGGGACUUGUCGCGCUUCUGGGUUUGUCCAGCUCGGUGGCAGCUGCGCCAUCCAAGCGUUUCGACCCUGGCAGUGCCACUGAUGCCUUCGCCGACUUGCAAAGCCAGGCUCUACAGGCCCUGGGUGUGGCCGACGUCGCCUCGGACACGCUCUCGCCGCCGCAGAAGCGCGGGUCUUGCCACUUGGGCAAUGCCUACGUCCGCAAGGACUGGAAGUGGCUGAGUGACCAAGACAAGACGGCUUACAUCAACGCCGUGCUCUGCCUUCAGAAGAAGCCCUCCAAGGCAGAUCCCAGCUUCGCGCCCGGAGCCCGUACGCGCUACGAUGACUUUGUCGCCGUGCACCUCAACCAGACUUUGUCCAUCCAUGGCACAGGCAACUUCCUCACCUGGCACCGCUACUUCACGUGGGCCUACGAGAACGCCCUCCGUCAGGAGUGCGGCUACAGCGGCUCGCAGCCCUACUGGAACUGGUUUGACGGCUCCGACUUUGCGAACUCGCCCGUGUUCGACGGCAGCGCCACCUCUAUGUCCGGUGACGGCGCCUUCGUGGCUCACAACGGCUCCGUCUCGGGCAGCGGCAACAUCUACAUCCCGUCCGGCAACGGCGGGGGCUGUCUCAAGGACGGCCCUUUCAAGGACAUGAUCAUCAACCUCGGCCCUGUCUCCCCCGGCAUGGACGGCAUGAAGCCGGGCCCCGACGGGGGGCUGGGCUACAACCCUCGCUGCCUCCUGCGAGACCUGUCCACCUACUCUGUCGACACCACGAUGACCCUUAGUAAUCUCGCCAACGUCACCGUCGGCUCCGCCUCGCACUCAAUACUCGCCUUCCAGAACGAGCUGCAGGGCCGCUUCAGCGACCGCUUUCUUGGCAUGCACGCCGCCGGCCACUUCACCAUGGGCGGCGAGGCGUCCGACCUCUUCACAUCGCCCAACGAUCCCGUUUUCUUCCUUCACCAUUCCAUGGUGGACCACCUCUACUUUAUCUGGCAGGCCCUGCAACCUCACCAGGCACGCGACAUCGCUGGCACCAUCACGAUCUUGAACAGGCCUCCUUCGCGUGACGCUCUGAAGAGCGAUAUCCUCAACAUGGGCACCCUUGCACCUAGCAUCACCAUCGACGAUGCACUGAGCACCUUUGGCGGUCCGUUCUGCUAUUACUACAUCUAGGGGAUCCAUAUUUUGGCUUUCGAGGAUAUCCCGAGGUGCAUCCAUUAGCUAGCGCACAUUAGCAGCAGUGUAAUGAAUAUUCGUAUCCUAUUUUGGACGCAUAUGUUAUGGUCGCCGCGGUCGUGACCACUGUGGCAGGCCCGGUCAUCGGGGCCGCGAUCGGAAGCGAACGGCGGCGAUCCUAGCCACGGCGGCCCUAACCGGGGCCGGGGGGCUUAUGGCUGGAAGCAGAAGGGCAUCUCCACGCUCCAGUGUCACUGCCGUGUCCAAUGGCAGCUCCGCCGCUCCGGGCGCUCGGAUGAUCCUGCAGAAUGCAACCUCGAGGUUGCCUUAACCCCAGAUUCAAAAAGUCAC